AUGAAGAGGAGCGUCUUCUUUUUCUCUGGUCAGACAGAGAGUGUGCAUCUAUCUGUGUCAGACCUGGUUCAACAGUCUGUGUCAGACCUGGUUCAACCUCACUGGUCAGAGUUCAGCUGGGAGUGGACCUCACAUGAUGGGAGAUAUUCAGAUAUUCGAAUAACCAGAGCAAUAUCCUCUAUGCUAGUGGUCAGUCCACCUUUCACAGAGUACUUUUCCCGCAGCAAUGACUAUGAUGUAACAGUGAAGCCGAAGUUUGAAUGUGCAGGGGUGUUUUUGUUUGUAAGAACAAAUGUCCCAUUGGCUCAGAUUGAGAUCUUCGCCACAAAAGGUACGUAAAUACUGUGUCUGUUUAGUCAGACAAGCCAUUGUGAAUCUUCCAUAAUGACAAAAUAGCUUCUAGUGAUGAAAUAGUUUCGAAAGUCAGCUUCCGGCAUUACCCUAAUUUCUUCACCGAUAGUACGUUUAUAUUGUAAUCAUUUUUAAAUUGCAUGUUUUUUCAGUCACACCUUCCUUUUGGCCUUCAUUUCGUCUGGGUUCUGAUGUGAGUAUUAGUUGCGAGGUGUCCAGCCUACCAGAAGGGGCCACACUGCAGUGGGAAAGAGAGGGAGAUCCCACUUCUAACACCACGAUGUUCUACAACAACACUGCCCACAUGGUCAUCCACAGUGUUGAUCAGGACAGUCAGGGGACAUACUACUGCACUUUUAAACAGAAUGGAACACUGUUAUAUAGUGUUUCUAAUGCUGUCAGAACUGAGAAAGGUACAACAUGUGUUCUUAUCUAACUGAAAUAUCAAAACCUUUAUGUGAAACAUGAAUGUUGUCCUCUUGAUCAGUAGUCAUUGACAAUCAAUAAUGUUGGUCUCAUAUUAAAUGGUUAAACGGUGAUCACAUUUGUUACAUUUACAAUAAGACUUAGGAUUUAAAUGAAAUUAAACCUUCCCCUCUGACUGAACACUGCUAUGGUUUUCUCCACAGUUUCGUCCGAUGCCACUCUCACAAUGUACAGAGAGAGCGCCAACAGCUCUCUGGUGACACUGCUUUGUAAGACAUCAGAUGGGUACACCCAUGCAUCAUGGUCCUGGACACCACUAUCUACAGCUAAAGAGGUUCACGUUGUGACAACUGCAAUGUACGGAUCCAAUGACACGUUUAAUGAGAGAUUUUCAUCCGGGGACUUCAAUAGAUACUACUUCCGUCUCUACAUCUCACCGGUGAAGUUCGAAGAUGGUGGGAAGUUCAACUGCUAUUUUGAAAACCUCCUAGUUGCCUCUAUUAAUGUGGUAACCAUAAAGGGUGAGCAUUAUCAUUUUAAAUAUCCAAGAUGCAUUUUUCAGAAUAAACUACUUUUACUUAUAUUUGAGAGAAGAGAUUAAAGAUCCCCAAUGAUUUUCAGUCUCUGCAGUGCCCCCUAGUGGAUCCCCCAGGAAUCAUCAGGUGGUCCUGAGGUGUGAGGUGUCGGAGGUGAGCGGUGACCCUGUGACCCUGGCUUGGCUGAGGAUGGAGGGGAGCAGGGGGCUGCUGGUCAAACAGGACGUCCUGACAGAGACUCGUCUCAACCGCACGCUCAGUGUGACCCUGCCCAGCCUCCGUAGGGACCAGCUGCACUGGCAGUGUGUUGUGUUCACAGAGGGCAUCCUCAGAGCAACAGCCUCCCUGACUCUCACACUACCUACACUGACAACAAUGUCUUCAAUGACAGGUAACAACCUGUUAUGAUAGGCUCUCUUCAAUUUGACCCAAUCUGUUCCAACCUAUCUCAAUCCAAACUAAUUAUGCCGCACUGGACCUCUGCUUUCCAAUGGCAUAAGCCUACUGUAACAAAAUAAAUAGGUUACCAUGCUUGAGAGGUUGCCAUGUGUAAUAUAAUCUAACAGAAGUCUCUGUUUCUUAGGGAUGGGCACCGAGACAGUGGUCAGAGGGGUGAUUACAAUGGCUGCCACCCUAGGAGUUUUCGGAUUUCUCGGCUUCUACUGUCGUAGACCAAACGGUAAGGAGACACUUCCUCUUGGAUAGACUCUCCAUAAAAAAGGAAUCCAACCCAAUCCCAAAGGAAUGGGACAUUGAGGCACCAUCUAAAAUGACUGUGUUAGACAGUACUUAUCUUUCUCUUUCAUUUGGGACCGAGGCAGAGCUAGCCUUCAUAUGGGACAUGGAUCCAUCUCCACAUUAAAGUGCUUUUAAAGUCUCCAAACAUAUGAACAACUUUUUUGAUUUUGUAGUGAACUACAACUUAAAUUAACAUUAUGAAGUAACAUACAUGAUAGUCUUUCAUAAGUACUGAGUGGAAAACUAGUGAAUUAGUGUGUGUAAAGGACAUCAUUGCAUACUCUUCUGGUUGAUGUGUUGGUGUGUCUUCCAUCCAGGUACCCAGACACAGAGACAAAGGAAGGAACCUGCUCAACUGGAGGAGACUAGUGUAUAG